AUGCCAGGUGAUGAAAUAGCAAGAAGUCACAGCAGAGAGAGGGAUGGAAAAUGCUACAGCCAUGUAUGCGAGGAGAAUUGUAAGAAGACAUCCCGAAUUGAGACACCAUGUGAACGUACACCACCAACACCACCACCAACAACAACACCCCCACCAACCACCACAACAUGUGCCUGUUAUCACGAGGGAAGAGUGUAUAUGCCAGGUGAUGAAAUAGCAAGAAGUGACAGCAGAGAGAGGGAUGGAAAAUGCUACAGCCAUGUAUGCGAGGAGAAUUGUAAGAAGACAUCCCGAAUUGAGACACCAUGUGAACGUACACCACCAACACCACCACCAACAACAACACCCCCACCAACCACCACAACAUGUGCCUGUUAUCACGAGGGAAGAGUGUAUAUGCCAGGUGAUGAAAUAGCAAGAAGUGACAGCAGAGAGAGGGAUGGAAAAUGCUACAGCCAUGUAUGCGAGGAGAAUUGUAAGAAGACAUCCCGAAUUGAGACACCAUGUGAACGUACACCACCAACACCACCACCAACAACAACACCCCCACCAACCACCACAACAUGUGCCUGUUAUCACGAGGGAAGAGUGUAUAUGCCAGGUGAUGAAAUAGCAAGAAGUGACAGCAGAGAGAGGGAUGGAAAAUGCUACAGCCAUGUAUGCGAGGAGAAUUGUAAGAAGACAUCCCGAAUUGAGACACCAUGUGAACGUACACCACCAACACCACCACCAACAACAACACCCCCUCCAACCACCACAACAUGUGCCUGUUAUCACGAGGGAAGAGUGUAUAUGCCAGGUGAUGAAAUAGCAAGAAGUGACAGCAGAGAAAAGGAUGGAAAAUGCUACAGCCAUGUAUGUGAUGAAACUUGUAUAAAGACAUCCCGAAUUGAGACACCAUGUGAACGUACACCACCAACACCACCACCAACAACAACACCCCCUCCAACCACCACAACAUGUGCCUGUUAUCACGAGGGAAGAGUGUAUAUGCCAGGUGAUGAAAUAGCAAGAAGUGACAGCAGAGAAAGGGAUGGAAAAUGCUACAGCCAUGUAUGCACUGAGAAUUGUAAGAAGACAUCCCGAAUUGAGACACCAUGUGAACGUACACCACCAACACCACCACCAACAACAACACCCCCACCAACCACCACAACAUGUGCCUGUUAUCACGAGGGAAGAGUGUAUAUGCCAGGUGAUGAAAUAGCAAGAAGUGACAGCAGAGAAAAGGAUGGAAAAUGCUACAGCCAUGUAUGUGAUGAGACUUGUAUAAAGACAUCCCGAAUUGAGACACCAUGUGAACGUACACCACCAACACCACCACCAACAACAACACCCCCACCAACCACCACAACAUGUGCCUGUUAUCACGAGGGAAGAGUGUAUAUGCCAGGUGAUGAAAUAGCAAGAAGUGACAGCAGAGAAAAGGAUGGAAAAUGCUACAGCCAUGUAUGUGAUGAGACUUGUAUAAAGACAUCCCGAAUUGAGACACCAUGUGAACGUACACCACCAACACCACCACCAACAACAACACCCCCUCCAACCACCACAACAUGUGCCUGUUAUCACGAGGGAAGAGUGUAUAUGCCAGGUGAUGAAAUAGCAAGAAGUGACAGCAGAGAAAGGGAUGGAAAAUGCUACAGCCAUGUAUGCGAGGAGAAUUGUAAGAAGACAUCCCGAAUUGAGACACCAUGUGAACGUACACCACCAACACCACCACCAACAACAACACCCCCACCAACCACCACAACAUGUGCCUGUUAUCACGAGGGAAGAGUGUAUAUGCCAGGUGAUGAAAUAGCAAGAAGUGACAGCAGAGAAAGGGAUGGAAAAUGCUACAGCCAUGUAUGCGAUGAGGAUUGUUUGAAGACAUCCCGAAUUGAGACACCAUGUGAACGUACACCACCAACACCACCACCAACAACAACACCCCCUCCAACCACCACAACAUGUGCCUGUUAUCACGAGGGAAGAGUGUAUAUGCCAGGUGAUGAAAUAGCAAGAAGUGACAGCAGAGAAAGGGAUGGAAAAUGCUACAGCCAUGUAUGUGAUGAGACUUGUAAGAAGACAUCCCGAAUUGAGACACCAUGUGAACGUACACCACCAACACCACCACCAACAACAACACCCCCACCAACCACCACAACAUGUGCCUGUUAUCACGAAGGAAGAGUGUAUAUGCCAGGUGAUGAAAUAGCAAGAAGCGACAGCAGAGAAAAGGAUGGAAAAUGCUACAGCCACGUUUGCAACGAGAAUUGUAAGAAGACAUCCCGAAUUGAGACACCAUGUGAACGUACACCACCAACACCCCCACCAACAACAACACCCCCACCAACCACCACAACAUGUGCCUGUUAUCACGAGGGAAGAGUGUAUAUGCCAGGUGAUGAAAUAGCAAGAAGCGACAGCAGAGAAAGGGAUGGAAAAUGCUACAGCCAUGUAUGUGAAGAGAAUUGUAAGAAGACAUCCCGAAUUGAGACACCAUGUGAACGUACACCACCACCACCAACAACAACACCCCCACCAACCACCACAACAUGUGCCUGUUAUCACGAGGGAAGAGUGUAUAUGCCAGGUGAUGAAAUAGCAAGAAGCGACAGCAGAGAAAGGGAUGGAAAAUGCUACAGCCAUGUAUGUGAAGAGACUUGUAAGAAGACAUCCCGAAUUGAGACACCAUGUGAACGCACACCACCACCACCAAGUAAAUAG